AGUGGCGAUAAUACAAACAAACCUAACGCGUCACCAUUCCCGUCGGCUUAACCCGUUCUCCGAUCUCUCGCGCGUACUUUCCCAGGAGAUACCGAAGUGUUUAGUCCGCCGUAAAUAAAUACGAAAUUUGGAGAAAAUGACCGAGCCGCAGUGCAAAAAGAGCAAGACCGAGAACUCGCUGGUGCAGCUGAAGACUAUGACGACGGUCGUCGCCGACACCGGCGAUUUUCACGCCAUGGAGCAAUUCAAACCAACGGAUGCCACAACGAAUCCUUCUCUGAUCCUCGCAGCGGCGAAUCAAAAGAAGUACGCACACCUGAUAGACAAAGCGGUCCAGUAUGGUAAAAAGGCUGAAAGUACUCUGGCUAAACAGUCGGAGGCAGCUCUGGACUUCACCUGCGUUCUGUUUGGACAGGAGAUCUUGAAGAUAGUUCCUGGACGUGUUUCUACGGAAGUCGAUGCCAGGCUGUCCUUUGACAAGGAGGCCAGCAUCGAGAAGGCUAAGAAGCUUAUCAGUCUCUACGAAGAGGCUGGUAUCAGCAAGGAACGCGUGCUCAUUAAACUCGCCUCUACCUGGGAAGGCAUUCAGGCUGCCAAAGAACUCGAGGAGAAGCAUGGCAUCCACUGCAACUUGACACUUCUAUUCUCGUUUGCACAGGGUGUCGCCUGCGCGGAGGCUGGAGUUACUCUUAUAUCCCCGUUUGUGGGAAGAAUACUCGAUUGGCACCUCGCAAAUUCAGGCAAGAAGUCGUUUGAGCCGAAAGAAGAUCCAGGAGUCGUUUCCGUGACGAAGAUCUACAAUUACUAUAAGAAGUUCGGCUACAAAACUGUCGUCAUGGGCGCUUCGUUCAGGAAUGUCGGCGAAAUCCGAGCCCUCGCCGGGUGCGAUUACUUGACUAUCAGCCCGAACCUUCUGGAGGAACUUGAGAAGAGCAACGAGCCGGUACACAAAGUUCUGACCGAAUCGGCGGCGAAGAAAAGCGACCUCCAAAAGAUAUCCGUCGACGAGGCUAAAUUUAGGUGGCUCCUUAACGAAGAUCAAAUGGCUACGGAUAAAUUGAGCGAAGGGAUUAGAAAGUUUGCCACUGAUGUGCGCAAACUGGAGAACUUGCUGCAGGAAAAGCUUCAGGCUUAGUACGUCGCCCGACUACGCAUUAAAUGUUUCAUGUAUAUAGAUAAUACCUGGUGUUUUACCGUUUCUUUUUAAUGGCAUUUUACAAACUUGUACAUUCCUCGGCAUUAUUGUCGAGACGGAGGGGCGGUGUAUGUACUAUCAUGCGAACAAUCGUGUAUAUACCUGUAUACAUAUGAAUUUGUAGCGGAUUUUAUCGAGUACAAAUAUACGCGUUGGAUGUAUGUACGUA